AUGACGGCCGGAUCACCUGCUGCUCCACUGGCUGCUGCCCGUCCUCCAUCUGAAGAAAAGAAGAAGAAGAAGAAGAAGAAGAAGAAGAAGAAGAAGAAGAAGAAGAAGAAGAAGAAGAAGAAGAAGAAGAAGAAGAAGAAGAAGAAGGAGGAGGAGGAGGAGGAGGAGGAGGAGGAGGAGGAGGAGGAGGAGGAGGAGGAGGAGGAGGAGGAGGAGGAGGAGGAGGAGGAGGAGGAGGAGGAGGAGGAGGAGGAGGAGGAGGAGGAGGAGGAGGAGGAGGAGGAGGAGGAGGAGGAGGAGGAGGAGGAGGAGGAGGAGGAGGAGGAGGAGGAGGAGGAGGAGGAGGAGGAGGAGGAGGAGGAGGAGGAGGAAGAAGAAGAAGAAGAAGAAGAAGAAGAAGAAGAAGAAGAAGAAUGCUGCGAGCUGCGACUCCUCGGAGAUGGGGACGAUGUGGUACGUCACAAAGUGGUCGAUGAUCAGGUGCAGGAAGCGCACGCGCGCAGCCUCGAUCGGCAGCAGAUCUGA